GCGGCCAGGACUGCAGCCUCGGCCCUGCGGCUCCCCCUGGCCUCCUGUGUUUCCGCCUCCGUCAGGCAAUGAGCGAGUGAGAAAUGACGGCUCCUCGCUCCGUCUCCGGGUGUCGUCGCGUACUCACUUGUCACCUCCCUCGGUGACGGCAUCGAUUUCCCUUUGGCUGAACGUUUCUUGACUCCUUUGUGGGGUGUGUCUCUCGGCGGGACAUGAGGGGCCAUCAGUGACUCGGGCGGGGACUUCAGCUGACUUGGUCACGGUGACAUCCGUAGGUGCCUGAGGCUUGUUCCGUUCUAGAAAGCGUGAGGAUGUCCUCUCGGAGCGUUGCUGUCCUGAAGGUGUUGCUUCUCCAUGAAGUCCCUGAGCAGGGACUCGACUACGUAGGUGUCACUGGCAAGAAGCAGAGUUAAUGAUUUUGAAAAGUGAGACAUGUUGUUUAAAUGUGUGUCCCGCUCCCGGUUACUGUUGUGUGUGUGUGUGUGUGUGUUGUUGUUGUUGUUCUGGUUUGUUUGAUUUUUGGCCAGGUGGCUCUUGAUGACCUACGAAGAGUUCUCUCUCCUCUAGUGCACCUUUGCGUCUGCCCCACCAGCUCCUUCCCAGAUCUGUCUGGAGCGUCUGCUAUGUGCUGGGCACGAGACAGUGAUGUGGUUUCUAUGCCAUUCAGAGAGACGGCGCCCGUGAUUGCUCCACUUACUAAUCAGCCGGCAAGACGGGAGCAGCUCAGCAGAAUGGUUGCCGUGAUGAGGCAGCACUUUUCAUCAGCCUACGAGCACCUGAUAUGUUUUUCAGGCUUCCCGCUGUGUCCGAUUUCUUCUGUAGUAGGUUUUCCUGGCAGGUACUAAUAGAAAAAAAAUAAACAUUAUUUCAUAUGGCAAUAAAUUCAUAGCGUAGGAUAGUUUGUCACAUGAGCUUGCUUUAGCUAUAAUAGGUAAAGAUUUUUCUUUAACUGUAUGAUCAACAGUCAUAGUUUGAAAAAAAAAAAAAAAAGUGAAGUAAGAUGAUAAAUAGUACAGAGGAUUUUAGCACGCAAACCAGAGGGCUGUCCUCCAGUUGUGAAAAGGAAACGAAGAGUCGGAAGUCCUCGGUUGUGGUCUUGGCUCUGAUGCUUGUAACUCAAGUAUUGAUUUUCUUUCUCAGUAAAAGACGGACCCUUCCUAAAAGACAGGGUUGUUUUGAAAAUAAGAUGUUAUUAGAGCAGUGAAAACGUUCCGGAACAUUCAUCACCGUCAGCACGGAACUAGUUUGAGUGGAUUGUUCAGGCAUUAAGAAUGAAGUUAGAUGCAAAUCGCCUGACGUCUGUUUGAGCGUUCAUGACAGCACGGUCUAGUUCAUAUGCGUGCCCCGCUCCUCUGCGAGAUGAGAAGCUUCAUGAUUUCGUCGUGUCCCCAGUGUACAGCGCUGGGCAGGUGUUCAGGAAGGUUCCCUGGAUAGGAAACUAUCUUCAUUUAUCACAAAGUGAUUGAAGAAUAACUGAGAAACUAGAGAUCUCGUUGAUGUUUGGUGAGGAUAGAAAUCACUCCCUCCUGAUGAAGAAAAUGUGUAACAGAGAAGGCUGCAGAGAAAGAACUUCGUAGCUUGGGAAAGAAAGUGAUUGAAGAACUCAGGUGGCAACUGCAUGAUUGAAACUAUUCGAAGUCAAGAGUCUGCAUAUUCUUUCAACCAUAUUCAAGCUCUCCCAGGCUAUAAAGUGUGAUUGAACUGAACAUCUGUUUGGCUGAUCAUCAUGAACCGUGCUUUCAGCAGGAAGAAAGACAAAACAUGGAUGCAUACUCCUGAAGCUUUAUCAAAACAUUACAUUCCCUAUAAUGCAAAGUUUCUUGGCAGUACAGAAGUGGAGCAGCCUAAAGGAACAGAAGUUGUGAGAGAUGCUGUCAGAAAACUCAAGUUUGCAAGACAUAUCAAGAAAUCCGAAGGCCAGAAAAUCCCUAAAGUUGAGCUGCAAAUAUCAAUAUACGGGGUAAAAAUUCUGGAACCGAAAACAAAGGAAGUCCAACACAAUUGCCAGCUUCAUAGAAUAUCGUUUUGUGCAGAUGACAAAACUGACAAGAGGAUAUUCACUUUCAUAUGCAAAGAUUCUGAGUCAAAUAAACAUUUGUGCUAUGUAUUUGACAGUGAAAAGUGUGCUGAAGAAAUAACUUUAACAAUCGGCCAAGCAUUUGACCUGGCAUACAGGAAAUUUCUAGAAUCUGGAGGAAAAGAUGUGGAAACAAGAAAACAGAUUGCAGGACUGCAGAAAAGAAGCAGCAGAAGCAGCAGAUGCUGGAUUCAAGACUUAGAAACCGAAAAUAUGGAACUUAAAAACAAAGUACAAGAUUUGGAAAGCCAGUUAAGAACAACCCAAGUAUCAGCAUCUCCACUGCUGCACAAAAUGUCUGAUCAGGAGCAGCAUGGGUUUCAGAGAUGCUCACCUUCUUUCUGGCGUAGUAGUGGUGAUUCAUCUUCCUGUCUAAAUAGUUCUUCCAUUACUGUCACUCCUGUCAACUCGCCUGAUUCCAGACUGUCACUGGGACUGUUAAUACCACCACCUUCUAAAUGUGGCCUUCCCAAGCCAAUCAGUGAGAACAGCAUCCCAAGACCUCAUGCAGGCACCGGGACACCCAAGUCCCCCUCCACCGACAUCUUUGACAUGGUACCGUUUUCUCCGGUAUCACACGUGACUUCAACCCCUGCUCGCAAUGGCACGCAGCCGCCGCCGGUACCCAGCAGAGCUACUGAGAUCAAGCGGGACCUGUUCGGAGCAGAGCCGUUUGACCCGUUUACCUGCGGAGCAGGGGAUUUCCCUCCGGACAUUCAGUCGAAGCUGGAGGAGAUGCAGGAGGGGUUCAAAAUGGGACUAACUCUUGAAGGCACAGUAUUUUGUCUCGACCCAUUAGACAGCAGGUGCUGAUGUCAAGAACAAGAAAUCCAAAUUUGUGUUAAAUUUGUUUUAUAUGCAUAUAGAUCAUAUGACAGGUAGUGUCUGUGUGCCAAUAUGUUUUUGAAGAUCUUCACUUUUUGCAAACUAUUUUAGUAAAAUGUCUUCCACUAUUGAUCUAUAACGUUUAUUUUAAAAAUAAGUCACUGUAAAGUAAAUCAUACUUUCAUGUUCCUUUCUGUUUCUCUUGUAGAUGAAUUUAGAAUCAAAGAACAAAUUAUCCAAAUAUCUGCCUUGUGUCUGAGUUCUAAAUAAUUAGCAUCUUGAAAUCUGUGUUCAUUUUCCAGGCUGCUACUUUAUUAUUCAUUCCCCAAAGCCAUACCUUGAUGAUACCUUUCAGUCUUGAGGAGAUAUACCAAUGCUAAACUUAGUAUAUUCUGUAUUCAGACCAGUAAGCAUGUUACCAUGCAUUAGACAGGUGUUAUUUUAUGUAUUAGAUGUUGUUCAUAUCAUCAGCAAAAUGUAAACUUUGAAUAUAAUGCCGCCAGGUCAUUUUUAGCAGGUAAAAUAGCAAAAAUAUAAUUUCCAAUAAUAGUUAAGCCAAAUAAUUAUUUAUUAGUAAAAGUAAAGUAAUAAUGUUAGCUACGACAGUCAGUCAUACUCUAAAUCUUUUAUUUAUUUCAUAAGUAAGGAUAAUGGUAAAAGCCAAAAAUUUGCUCAUUACAAAUACACUUAAGAUUUAAUUUCUAAAGAGAUACGUUACAUUGCUAAACAUCUAAACAUCAUCUGAUCUAAUAUUUUCUUAAAAAAAUGGAAUGUCGGUUGUCUACAGUUGCAGAAUCUAUUGCCCACAUUUACAUUUACUUUACCAAAUGUAUUUUUCUUACUGAAUAUUAUUCUCAUAUUUUCUUCUUUGAUAAACAUUUUCUCACCAGAUCUUAUUUUGUGAUGCCCCAUUAGUUUUGAUACUUUAAAAUCUCUAACAAUUAUUCUUUAUGAAUCAACAGUAUUAUUUAGCAACUUUAAUUCGUAUUUGUUUCUGUUGAAGUCAGAAUUUCAUUUUUUACAAAAAUCAAGUGGCUUCUCAGUUUGGGUUAACAUGAACAAUGAAAUUUUUUUUCAUAAUAUGCUGAUGAACUCGACCUUUUAAAAUGUUAAUUUUCUAUAUCUUUGCCUAUCAUGUAACAGAUUUUAAUUGGUAUUCAGUACAAGAAGGAUUUAUGGUUAAAAUUUAUAAUUUGGUUCAUUGCAUCAUAAGAAAAACAGAUUAAAUUAAUAAAAAUGUGAGCUUAGAUUAGGGAUAUAUCUCAAAAAUAGAUUUUUUUCUUUUACUCCUGGGAAAUUUUGUCAAGUGCUAAGGGUACAUAUUCACUAGGAAAAGAAAUCAUAAAAUGCUUAUGCAAUGUUAUAUUUGUAUGUAUCUUCAUAAUGUUCUAUGGUAGACAUAAGCCUUCUUACUUGUUUCUGUAUUGGCUAAGUUGUACCUUAGUUAGAGCUUAGCAUAUAUUUCAUAAAGGAGAAUCUUUAUAAUUUUGUUUGUCAUACAGUAUUUUGGAAUUUGUAUAAUGAGGAUGUUUAGAAGCCAUAUUAGUGGCUUUUUUUAACAGAUAGAAUUUGUAUUUUUAUUGUACUUCAAAAGCUUUAUGUAAUAGAUAUAUAUUUAGUGGCCAUUUAUUACCAAUGGUAACACCAUAGAGUACUAAGAUGGAAUUUGCACACUUAAGAUACGUUACCUUACCAUUUUUAAUGGUAAUCAGUUCUGCUGCUGGCAUGAUUAAAUAGUACACAAUUGGUUAUUAAUUAUGAACGUUCAUUUCUCCAGUCCAUUUUUAUGAAGAUCUGGUUGAAAAUUGUAUUUCUAUGUAAACUCAAUGAUAUGUUUGAUUUUGCUGAGAAUAAAUGAUUUUAAAUAAAUAA